CCCCCCUUCCCUCUCCAAAUACCAACAUAUUUAGAACACUGAAGUUAGCUAAAUAUGGAUUCGCAAAACAUAUAUAGACCUCAAAUUUCCUGAAAAGCUUUGCAUCCACAAGUAGAUAAAACCCUAGAUCUUCAACCCCAUCUACCAAUAUUCACCAGACGAGUGUCAAAUGAACAACUUCAAAGGGCCUCCCUCUCUAGCAUCCUCUCUCCUUUGAAGCUACCACACCUUCAAUGUUAAUUAAAAUCAACAAAACCCUAAUACUUCAUCUUCCUUAUUGAAUCUCCCUUUUUGUUAGUCUAUCACAGGCAUGAAAACUGAACUAAGAGGAAACACUACCUCCAUUUCUCUUCAAAACCCUAGUCUCUUCAACACCCCUCAAAGCUCUCUCUCGGGUGCACUUAAAGGGUGUCUUGGUAGCCUUGAUGGAGCCUGUAUAGAAAAGCUUCUACUUCAUUGCGCUAGUGCCCUAGAGCACAAUGAUGGGACUUUGGUUCAACAAGUGAUGUGGGUGCUUAACAAUGUUGCUUCUUUGGUUGGUGACCCUAACCAAAGGCUCACUUCUUGGUUUCUCAGGGCCCUUGUCUCUAGGGCAUCCAAGGUUUGUCCCACCGCGAUGGAUUUUGAUGGUAGCAGUACAAUUCGGAGGAGGCAAAUGUCGGUGACCGAGCUUGCCGUGUACGUUGAUCUAAUCCCUUGGCACAGGUUUGGAUUUUGUGCAUCAAACAGUGCCAUUUUUAAGGCAAUUGAAGGUUACUCUAAAGUUCAUAUCUUAGAUUUUAGCAUCACUCAUUGUAUGCAGUGGCCUACUCUUAUAGAUGCUUUGGCUAAAAGGCCUGAAGGGCCUCCUUCACUUAGGAUCACAGUUCCCUCUUGUAGGCCACCAGUCCCUCCUUUUCUUAAUGUAUCAAGUGAAGAAGUAGGUCUCCGUUUGAGCAAUUUCGCUAAGUUUAGGGAUGUUCCUUUUGAAUUCAAUGUGAUUGAUGACCCAUCUUAUUUAGCUUCAACUGAAAUUAUGCCCAAAGAAUCUUCUCAUGACUUUCAUUUUGAGUCACUAUUGAAUCACUUGACUCCUUCAGUGCUUAAUCUUAGAGAUGAUGAGGCCUUGGUGAUAAAUUGCCAAAACUGGUUAAGAUAUUUGUCUAAUAUUGAGCAAAAGGGAAGUAGUGUCCAAUAUUCUUCCUUAAGAGAUGCUUUCCUUCGUACAGUAAAAGCUUUCAAUCCUUGUAUUGUAAUUGUUGUCGACGAAGAUUCUGAUUUAAGUGCACCAAGUCUCUCAUCUAGGAUUACUACUUGCUUCAAUUAUCUAUGGAUACCAUUCGAUGCUUUGGAAACUUUCUUGCCUAAAGAUAGUAGCCAAAGGAUUGACUAUGAGUCCGAUAUUGGUCACAAAAUCGAGAAUAUUAUCAGUUUUGAAGGGCUUCAGAGGAUAGAGAGGUUAGAACCCGGGAUUAAAGUAUCAGAAAGGAUGAAGAAUGCAGGAUUUUUGAGCGUUCCAUUAUGUGAAGACACAAUUGGUGAAGUUAGAUCCUUGCUAGAAGAGCAUGCUAGUGGUUGGGGCAUGAAAAGAGAAGACGAUCACAUGUUAAUGCUCACAUGGAAGGGUCACAACUCAGUUUUUGCCACAGCUUGGGUCCCAAUUGAUUUGCAGGAUUAAUUGGGUCUGGACUUGAUGAUAAAUGACAAAGAAAUUUGACAUACGUGGCUAGAUAAUUUCGGGCAAGAUUGUGGUGGGGCUGAUUUUUCUUUUCCCUUCAUUUAAGAUGGUCUAGAUGAAGAUGCAAUGACAAAAUAAAAUUGCCUCUCUCUUUGCCAAGAGUCUGCAAAGGGGCACAGGCAAUUAAGUAGGGUAUCAGCAGUGUUAUGAGAAUGACCUAAUACUUACCUGUGUAUUUGCUCUCUAGGUAUGAGCACAUGGAAGGCAAAGAGAGAAAUGUACGUAGUCUUUGUAUGAGACAAAUUCCUCCACCACCUUGUUCCCCCGUCCUUUUGUUUCAGGAAGUUGAAAGUAACUUGCUAGUACCUAGCGACGCCCUUUCUUAAUCAACAUUGCUGUUAUUUUUCCUUAAUAAAUGAUAUCUGAUUUACAGCAGGUUUUUACA